CCCAGAUAAGCUUUUACUUGGUCCCUCCCUGAGCUGCCCUUAGGCCAUUGGGCUGGGAGCGAGUGCGUAUCCGAGUCUCGUAUUCGGUUCCGGUCGGGUUGUUUGGACUACCAACCACUGUGGCGAAGUGAUUGGUCUCUUCAAUACUUCGAUCGAUGGCAUCUUUCAUCCGAGAAAGGGAUCUCCAGGUCGGAGGGUCCCGAUUCUGGGGAAGGGAGUGCUCGCUUGGCAGCGGGUUCUAGCCUUUGGACGCUGAAGUGACGACGCAUGGAGGAUGUGCGAUCCGAACUUUCCUGAACCUGAAGCUGUAUUUGUGGCUUGAAAUUUUGGGUAUAAGGCCAUCCUUGCGCCUUAAUAUUGUGAAGGGGAACCAAAGGGAGCAUUCUACAGCAGCCUCACAGGGUUCGCUUACGACUUGAUUGAGAUAGUCAACAACAAUUGCCCAAAACUCAGGACCAUCCUCCUCAACGAGCGACUGGAACAGAUUCAUCUUAGCACUUUUGGAUCGCUCUAAACUUUCCAUUACCUCACAGACAGACUUUUCUAGGCUCUGUACAACUCCUCUUCAAACAGUAUUUCGAAAUCUCCACACCUCUCUCAAAAUGGAUACCCUCAACGCCAUAUCACUCGCAGUCGUCGAGCGAGCCUUGAUUCAAGCACGAGCAGAGAAGACUUUCUGGCAGAAAUAUAGGUGGUAUAUCAUCGGCGGACUGGCAGCAUUACCUCCUCAAGUAGCUUUGGGAUGGUGGUACUUGAGACGUCGCAAGGCGAAGAAAGCGGCGCUUAAGAGAUCGGAGGAGGAGGCGGCGUUGGGUCCGUAUGCGAACAUGGAGGGGCGGAGAUAGUCAAACUUAUCGUCAGAUAUGAGGAUGAGAUAUCAAGAGCCAAAGACUUGAAUAUGCUGCGAUCGAGAGUUGGAAACGUUUGUGGAGGCAAUAAGGUGGUUACAUUGGCAGAUUUGGAGUCAUCCGUCAUGUAGGAAGCAUUAUUUACACGGCGCUGGCGCGAGGUGGAUUUCGCUGCAGAGUGCAGAGUCAAACGCGGAGACAGACACCCUGCGACUUGCCCAUUUUGCUUUGAUGCCAAUUGUUUAUCGCAAUAUAUAUUUCAAGCUUUGAUGAUAGUCUUUUAUUGUCUCUCAUUGUAAUAUACCUUCGUUAAUCGAUGAAUAUGGUGUUUGGGAGGUGUAAUACCCUGCUCGCUUGCCGUUUUGCAAUUGUUGAUGUCGUCUGACAAUUUGGUAUAUCUGGAAAGUAUUUUACCUCAGAAAGUUGUCAAGGGAUAGCCAUGGAGAACUAAUCCUUCUUCUUCUUGUUGCAAAAUGUUGAACUGUGUGAGUACGAAAUUGAAGGCUGGGUGGACGCAGUGCUAUGACGUUAUAUACUGAGGGUGAUAAGGGCAAGGCCGAGUGAUUGGAAUGAUGAGGGCAAGAGAAGAGAAUGUGCGUUUUUGUAAUGGGGAAGCCAUAUGUGCGCCGCUUAGUUUGGUAUUGAAGCUACUACCUAUUAACUUGGGGUUACUAUUUUAUACGUACCAUAGGUAUGGUAAGGAGAGGAUCUCACCGGGAAGGGGGACAAUACAACGACCUUUACUCUGUAUCAUAGAACAAUGCCAUGUUUCAACAUGCUCCGCAUUGUUUUAUAACUCCAAAGUCUCCAAACCUUACU